UCAUAUAAAAAGGCUCUGCCGACCAAAGUCAGUUAUCAGUCAACGUUCGUUCUCGACCAGACAGAAAUCAGCCAACAUGUUCAAGUUUGUGAUGAUCCUCGCCGUUGUGGGAGUGGCUACCGCCCUGGCCCCAGUUUCCCGCUCCGAUGAUGUCCACGCAGAUGUGGUUUCCCGAUCGGACGACGUUCGUGCCGAUGGAUUCGAUUCCAGCCUGCACACCUCCAACGGAAUCGAGCAGGCCGCCAGCGGUGAUGUCCAUGGCAACAUCCAUGGCAACUUCGCCUGGAUCUCCCCCGAGGGCGAGCACGUGGACAUCAAGUACGUGGCUGAUGAGAACGGAUACCAGCCCUCGGGAGCCUGGAUCCCCACUCCUCCUCCAAUCCCAGAGGCCAUUGCCCGCGCCCUCGUCUGGCUGCAGUCUCACCCCCCAGCACCCGAGCACCCCCGUCAUCACUAGGACUCGUCACCCGGAUCCCGGACCACUCCACGGACUGUUCUCCCGAAACAAAUCUCCCUAGUUGUUUAGCUGUACUUCUUGACUUUCAAAAAAAUACAUGCACUUGCUUAUAGCAGUAAAAA